AUGGAAGCAUCCAGCGGGUCGAGUUUUGGGAUAGACACUAUUUUAUCCGGCGCGUCAAACUCCGCCAACCCCGCGCUCAUGAACGGAGACUUUCGGACGGCGGAUUUCAGGAGCCAGGCGACCCCGUCACCAUGCUCGGAGAUAGACACUGUGGGAACGGCCCCCUCAUCCCCCAUCUCGGUCACCAUGGAGCACCCGGCCGAUGCGCAUCUGGUCCAGGACAGCCUUCAGCAUCACCACCACCUCCACAACGCGGCGCAGAGUCUGCCGCUGUCGCCGCAGCAGCAGCAGCCUCUCGCCGGGGCCGGUUGCGCCCCGAGGACUGCCACCUCCUCGUUUCUAAUCAAAGACAUUUUAGGAGACAGCAAACCGCUGGCAGCCUGCGCACCUUACAGCACCAGUGUAUCCUCACCGCACCACACACCAAAACCAGAAAGUGCCACGGCUCCGGACGCGUUCAGGCCCAAGUUGGAGCAAGACGAAAACAGAAGCAAGUUGGACAAAAGAGACGAAAUACAGAGUGAAAUGAAAUGCAACGGGACUAAAGAAGAGGGAGACCGGGAGAUCUCCAGCAGCAGAGACAGUCCUCCGAUGCGCACGAAAAAGCCUCGUAAAGCACGGACAGCCUUCACCGACCACCAGCUCAACCAGCUGGAGAGGAGCUUCGAGCGACAGAAAUACCUCAGCGUGCAGGACCGCAUGGACCUGGCCGCGGCUCUCAACCUGACGGACACACAAGUCAAGACCUGGUACCAAAACAGACGGACGAAGUGGAAGAGGCAAACGGCGGUGGGAUUAGAGCUCCUGGCUGAAGCAGGAAACUACUCGGCCUUACAGAGAAUGUUCCCGUCGCCAUAUUUCUACCACCCGAGCCUGCUGGGCACCGUGGACAGCACGACGGCAGCCGCGGCGGCCGCAGCCAUGUACAGCAGUAUGUACCGGACUCCUUCCACGCCGCACCCCAGCCUCCAAAGACCUCUGGUCCCCAGGGUGCUCAUUCACGGCCUUGGGCCGGGGGGGCAACCGGCACUAAACCCCCUCUCUAACCCCAUGCCCGGCACACCGCAUCCGCGGUAA